AUGUCACCAAAGAAAAAGACAGCAACAACAACAGCAGCAACUACUACUACUACUACCACUUCUACUACUACCACUACUUCUACAGCGACUACUACUACGGCAACAGCAACGACAAGAACACGACGUAACGAACCCAAAAUAUUUAGAUGUACUGGAUAUGGUGAUUGCAAUAUGGUUUUCUCUAGAAGUGAACAUUUAGCAAGACAUGCUAGGAAGCAUACUGGCGAGAAACCCUAUAAAUGUAUUGUACCUAAUUGUGAUCGUACAUUUAGUCGUAUUGAUAACAUGAUGCAGCAUACACAUACACAUAAUCGUAAUAGAAAGAAAGGAUUUCAAGAAAAGAAACCUUCCGUACCUGACGACAAUAUGAUGGUGAAUGUACCACCAAGGUCACCUAAAAUCGAAUUUCAGCAGCCAUUUAAUCAUUUACCUCCUUACGAACAACGGCCACUUCUGCCACCACCAUUACCCGUUCAGGAACAUUAUUAUCAUUAUCCCCCUUUACUUCCUCCCCCGCCUCCCUCUGUAUUAGCUCCACAGGGACCUUAUCCAUGGCCAUAUCCUUCACCUCCAAAUACAUCCGCUUCUUUUGUUGAACAAAAAAAGAUGGACUCGCCUAAAAAACCACUUUUUCAAAAAUUGGAUUCAAACAGUACACGAUGUAUUGAGCUAUCAACGCCUAUCCAGCAAUUAAAUGAUGAAACAUCAGACACCACAGACGAUGAGCGUAUGUCACCCAUGACAGAUGACACUACAACCACUGUGAUCACAGCGGAUGAAUAUGAAGCCCUUCAAGGGUUCGGACAAUUCUGCACUAAGCCUAGAGAAUAUAAAGAAAUACCCGUUAGAUGCAUUCGGUUCUUACCCUCGCAAGUUUAUGCUUUCCGUCAGCAAGUCGAUCUGGUUCAAGAAUCUUUUUCAAGAGGAACGGCUGGUACUACUUUUUAUUCUGGUUGA